GGAAGCCUCAUCCCCGGUCUAGAAGAGAGCCCAGCUCCUUCCCUACAGCCCAUCAUGGUAGCGAGAUGAAGGUGCAGCUGCCAGGGUCCAGCCUUCUGCAGGGGCACGUGGGAACGGGACACCUGAGGGCAUGGUCGCAGCUGCAGUGACAAGUGGCUUAGCCCCAGAAGUUGCUGGCAAGUGGCAAGCAGUAUGAAUGCAGAGCUCUCACUCCUGCCACUGUACCACUGAGGCAAGAUCCAAAGCUGAGCACCAAGAACUAGUUUGUGUCCUUGGCAGAUGGGCAUUGGUGUCAUUGGCUGACCAGCAGCAUGGAGACCACGCCCCUGAAUUCUCAGAAAGCACUGUCAGCGUGCAAGGACAGAGAGGACUGUCAAGAAAAUGGUGUUCUACAGAAGGGUGUCCCCACCCCAGGGGACAGGGCAGAGCCUGGCCAAAUAUCCAACGGGUACUCUGCAGUUCCCAGCAGGAGUGCUGGAGACGAAGCUCCACACUCCAUCCCAGGGGCCACCAUCACCCUGGUGGCUGAGAUUCGCCAAGGGGAGCGGGAGACCUGGGGCAAGAAGAUGGAUUUUCUCCUGUCCGUCAUCGGCUAUGCUGUGGACCUGGGCAACGUCUGGCGUUUUCCCUACAUUUGCUACCAGAAUGGCGGAGGGGCCUUCCUCCUCCCCUACACCAUCAUGGCCAUCUUCGGGGGGAUCCCGCUCUUCUACAUGGAACUUGCGCUGGGCCAGUACCACCGAAAUGGGUGCAUUUCUAUAUGGAGGAAGAUCUGCCCGAUUUUCAAAGGGAUUGGCUUUGCCAUCUGCAUCAUCGCCUUUUAUAUCGCCUCCUACUACAACACCAUCAUAGCCUGGGCACUCUACUACCUCAUCUCCUCCUUCACGGACCGGCUGCCCUGGACCAGCUGCCAAAACUCUUGGAACACUGGCAACUGCACCAACUAUUUCUCCCAGGACAACAUCACCUGGACACCCCAUUCCACAUCGCCUGCUGAGGAGUUUUACUUGCGCCAUGUUCUGCAGAUUCACCAAUCUAAGGGACUCCAGGACCUGGGGGCCAUCAGCUGGCAACUUGCUCUCUGUAUCAUGCUCAUCUUCACCAUUAUCUACUUCAGCAUCUGGAAAGGCAUCAAAACAUCUGGCAAGGUGGUGUGGGUGACAGCCACCUUCCCUUACAUUGUCCUGUCUGUCCUGCUGGUGAGGGGGGCCACCCUUCCUGGAGCCUGGAGAGGGGUCAUCUUCUACUUGAAACCCAACUGGCAGAAACUCCUGGAGACAGGGGUGUGGGUAGACGCUGCCGCUCAGAUCUUCUUCUCUCUGGGGCCCGGCUUUGGGGUCCUCCUGGCUUUUGCUAGCUACAACAAGUUCAACAACAACUGCUACCAAGACGCCCUGGUGACCAGCGUGGUGAACUGCCUGACGAGCUUCAUGUCCGGCUUUGUCAUCUUCACGGUCCUUGGCUACAUGGCUGAGAUGAGGAACGAAGACGUGUCUGAGGUGGCCAGAGACGCGGGCCCCAGCCUCCUUUUCAUCACGUAUGCAGAGGCCAUCGCCAACAUGCCAGCAUCCACAUUCUUUGCCAUCAUCUUCUUCCUCAUGUUAAUCACGCUGGGCUUGGAUAGCACGUUUGCAGGCCUGGAAGGUGUGAUCACCGCUGUGCUGGAUGAGUCCCCACACAUCUGGGCCAAGCGCCGGGAGUGGUUUGUGCUCAUCCUGGUCAUUAUUUGCGUCUUGGGAUCCCUGCUCACACUGACCUCUGGAGGGGCAUAUGUGGUGGCGCUGCUGGAGGAGUAUGCCACGGGGCCUGCGGUGCUCACCGUGGCCCUCAUUGAAGCCGUGGCCGUGUCAUGGUUCUAUGGGAUCAGUCAGUUCUGCAGUGACGUGAAGGAGAUGCUUGGCUUCAGCCCGGGAUGGUUCUGGAAGAUCUGCUGGGUGGCCAUCAGCCCCCUGUUUCUCCUGUUCAUCAUUUGCAGUUUUUUGAUGAGCCCGCCCCAACUGCGGCUCUUCCAAUACAACUAUCCCCGCUGGAGCAUCGUCUUGGGCUACUGCAUAGGAACGUCGUCUGUCAUCUGCAUCCCCGCCUAUAUCGUUUACCGGCUGAUCAGCACUCCGGGGACACUUAAGGAGCGCAUUCUCAAAAGUAUCACGCCUGAAACACCCACAGAGAUUCCCUGUGGGGACAUCCGCCUGAAGGCCGUGUAGCCCGCCAGGAGGACUGGGCUGCCCAGCCGGCUCUCUCCCUCCGAAAAGCCCAGCCCGACCUCUCCCCUCCAAGCCGGGCCUGAUGAGGCGAGGUCUUUCUUCACGGAGACGCAGCCCUCGAGGCUUCGGCCCAGACUCUGCCGGGUCAGCCGCCUCUGUCCGUGACGACCCUGGAACACGCUGCCCCAGGCGAUGGCGACCCAGCUCAGCUGGCCUCUUUUGGACACGGGAGGGAGUGUAAGGAGGGGGUGAAAACCGCGCAGUCAUCAGCCUUAGGUCUAGAAUUAAGUCUGUGAAAGCCUGUACCGUUUUCUUCUGGUGUGACCGUAUUAGCUCACAUCCGCUUCUAAAGCCUCCACUGUUCUUGAAUGCACACGCCGCCCGAGAGAAGACAAGGAUGUCUCGCCAGCCAUCUGUUUCCUCAGUAGCGUAGGAUCCUAUAGCCGGAAUCUGCUAGACCCUUCUAACCUGCGUGCUGCUGUGAGGUUAAGAAAGGAAGCUGUAAAGACGCUAAACCGAAAAUUGACGUGUAUGUGUGCGCUUGGUGUCUGUACGUUUGUGUCUCUGUGCUCUGACUCCCAGUACUCCGGGUCCAUUACACACUAUAUAAACGGCCUCUAAUUUUUCUUACAUUAAACAAAUUCCACCUA